AUUUCUAUCAAUUUUUUCUCAGAUAUGCCGAUGGGCUGCUGAAAUUGUAAAUUAUUGCAGUUAAAUUUAUUAUUGAGAUAAGAUUAUUUUCAACUAAAUAUAAUGUCUGAAAGGGAAUAUGCUCCUUUGAGCUCUGCCUGUGUGAGAGCUCUACAUGACAAAUUAUAUGAAAAAAGAAAAACUGCUGCACUUGAAAUAGAAAAAAUGGUCAGAGAAUUCCAUAGUGUUAAUAACACAUCACAAAUUCGAAGGCUACUUAAAGUACUUGGCCAGGACUUUGCUGUAUCUCAAAACCCUCAUGCAAAAAAAGGGGGCCUCAUAGGGCUUGCUUCAAUUGCUGUGGCAUUAGGAAAAGACUCUGAAAUAUAUAUGGAUGAGUUGUUGAAUCCUAUCUUGAGUUGUUUAUCAGACCAGGACUCAAGAGUUAGAUAUUAUGCUUGUGAAUCCUUAUAUAAUGUUGUUAAAAUUGCAAGAAAUGCUAUUUUAUCCCAUUUCUGUCCAAUUUUCAAUGCUUUAUGUAAACUUGCAACUGAUCCUGAUCAAAAUGUUAAAAGUGCAUCAGAACUUUUGGAUAGAUUAAUGAAGGAUAUUGUAACAGAAUGUCUAGUAUUCGAUCUAGAAAGUUUUUUACCAUUAUUGAGAGAAAGAAUAUCUAGUAGAAACUCUUUUGCACGGCAGUUUGUUAUAGCAUGGAUUUCUGUGUUGAAUAUGGUGCCAAAUUUGAAUCUCAUCAGCCAUUUACCUGAUAUUCUAGAUGGAUUAUUCAAAAUUCUUGAUGAUCCAAUAAUAGAAGUUAAAAAAAUGUGUGAAGCAUUGCUUGGAGAAUUCUUGAGGAAUAUAAAGAGCGACCCAUCCAAUGUAAAUUUUUCAGAGAUGAUAAACAUUUUGAUUGUUCAUGCUCAAGAGAAAAAUGAUGAUUUAGUUCAGUUUACUGCUAUAACUUGGAUAAAAGAAUUCGUCCAAUUAUCUGGUCCUCAUAUGCUUCCCUAUAUGUCAGGCAUUUUCACUGCAGUACUACCUUGCCUUUCAUAUGAUUCGGAUGCCCGGAGAAUGACAGACAUUAAGGAAACUGCAACCGCUAUUAAUUACACUUUGAUGAAGCUCUUGUCCUUACAAGGAGAAAAUCCAGAAGGCGUAGAAUCAACCAGGCCUAAUUCAGAUGGAACUACGGAAAAUAUUGAUUUGACGACAGUGGUUACUGUGCUUACACAGUUUUUGGCCCACAAUUCUAUUCAAACAAAAGUGGCAGUCCUCAAGUGGAUCUAUGACUUGUAUUUGAAAAUGCCAGAACAGGUGGCGCCCCAUCUAGAAGUUUUAUUUCCAGCAUUACAAAGGACACUAUUAGAUCAAUCCGAUGAAGUUGUCCAACAAUGCCUUGUGGUUAUUGCUGAAAUUAUAUCACCAUACCUCGAAAAUGUAGUGAAUGAAAAUGUUCCAGAUUCUGUUGAGUGGAAUUUUUUGAAAGAAUUUUGGGAGGAAUCUGAUAUGUCCACUAUUGCUGAAGAUUCACACAAAAGCAAUUCAGAUCAUCAUGAAAGAGUAGAAGCAGCUAUUGACAAAAUUGUUAGUAGUGAAAGCACUCAGUCUAUAGUCAAUAAAGACGAGCCAAAUGAAGUUCCAUACUUCACAAAAUUCAUAUCGGGUUUAUUGAAUUCCUUCAAGGUGAAUAACGAAUUGUUGGACGAAAGAGGAUCUUUCAUCAUAAGACAACUGUGCAUGCUAUUGAGGGCUGAAACUAUUUAUUUGGCAAUAGCUGAAAUCCUUCGGAAGGAAACAGAUUUCAUAUUUGUUUCAUUAAUGGUAGAACAUUUGAAUAUGAUUUUGUUAACAUCUUCUGAGUUAUUUGAGUUACGUGAAAGAUUGAAAUAUUCAUAUCAAAAGAAGGACAAUUUUGUUAUCUUCAUUUGUCUGUAUAGAACAUGGCGUUUCAAUGCAGCUGCCACUGUGGCUCUAUGUUUUUUAACUCAACAUUUUGAAUGUGCCUGUAAUAUAAUCAAACUAUUAGGUGAUAUGGAAAUCACAGUGAACUUCCUCACAGAAAUAGACAAAUUUGUCCAAUUAAUUGAAUCUCCAAUUUUUGCCUUUCUAAGAUUAGAAUUAUUGGAAGUACCAUGUGAUCAGAAUUUAGUUAGAGCUUUGUAUGGUCUACUGAUGCUGUUACCACAAAGUGACGCUUUUCAUACAUUAAAAGCGAGACUUGAUUGCAUACCCAGUUUGAAAUUAAUGCACGAUAUCAGGUGUAAAGAUAAUUGCAGUGAGAAAGUUCGACGAAAAACACCAGUGCACCAUUUCAAUUUGUUUGGGGAAUUUAUUGAAGCUCAAAACAAAUAUAAAGAAUUGAAAAAAAAAUCUAGAGUCAGCGAUAUUACUACGAGAAACAGGAAAUUUUCAAAAUAAUGUCAGAACAAAUAUUUUAUAUUGAUAUAUUUACAUUCCCGAUUUUCUCCUUGAUACCAAAUAUUGAGUGAAAGUAUUAUUAAUAAGUUGUUAAUUAUUUUGGCGAGUUUGUGAUAGCUUUAAUUGUGAAAAUUUUGUGUAAAAGAAAAUUACAGUCGAGUAUAUCUAUAAAAAUUUAUAAAUUUCAUAUAAUUCAUCUGUUCAUUGUUCAUUGUUUAUAUGAACUUUCAUGUUCAAACUAUUUUAUGAAUAAAAGCAUAAUUUUUUCUAAAA